UUAUUAUUACUCAGCAGCUUGGUGGAGAAUGCACAUGGUAUAUCAAAUAUUCCAGCAAAAAUGAAAGUCAGAGCCUAGAGGAGAGAUAGACCUUUAGGAGGAUAAUACGGCAAUAAAAGGUUGGGGGAGAUCCGGCCGCUCCGGUUGCUCAUAAUUUUGAGGCUAACACAGGGAAGAGGCUCGUCAGACCCGCAAUAAGAUCGGGUGUUUCAAACCCAUCGUUUAGAUGGUAGAUUAUGUAUUACCUGAUGGGUAAUGGAUAUGUCAUCAUUUUUCUCUUCAGCACCUUCACCAUGAUAUUAAUAUUGUAUUCUACACAGCAUCCCAUGUCGUUUGAUACUUGUAUCCCACUAAACUGACACAGCAGUCAAACAGAAGUGGUGUAAAAGCAAGUUGUAAAGCCACCUAAUACUCACACCCAGUAGUCCUAAUCUCUGCGAUAAUCGAUGUCAAAUCUCUAUAAAUACCUUCUCCUCUGCCCUUCACAUGCUUGGCCCCCAGCCCCCUCUCUAGAAGACGUAUGCCGCAUGCCACCGCUCUUGCUCUUACUCCUGUACAAGGGCAUGGGCCUGCUGUCAGAAACAUAUACCACCGCCUGUUUUUCGUUCUCCCCCAAACCUUAGUUAUU